CCUAAAGCUGCCAGAUAGCUUCUUUUCGACAGCUUGGAGUUACUGUUGGGAACAGAUCCAUGUAUGGAAGCGAAAGCAGAAAAGCAGAGAUAAGCCGCUAUCCAGCUAUGCAAACCAUGUUUAGAGACACUUAAAGGACAAGCAUCCAAACUUCUUUCUUUCUGGUAAAUGCAGAGGAGCUAUCAUAUGAAGUUCUCACUCCACACAGCCCGAAACAGAGGUGCUGAGACUUGACAGGCGGUUGGAAAACGUUGGGAAACUGGUACGAGAAGCCAAUCAUGAUGGGAUUAAAGAAUCCAGCUGCCUUUUCUGGUGGUCUUCACCUUUUAAGUGUUUGCGUGCUCUUGCUGCUACUUCACAUGGACAAAGUGCAUGCAGAAUAUCCAUCCGAAAAUGGCAGCAAAGUUGAUGAGUGCACUGGUACCUAUUUCUGCAAGAAAGGUGUGAUUUUGCCGAUCUGGGAGCCUCAAGACCCUUCCUUUGGAGAUAAAAUAGCAAGAGCUACUGUAUACUUUGUGGCUAUGGUCUAUAUGUUUCUAGGAGUAUCCAUCAUAGCAGACCGCUUCAUGUCAUCCAUAGAAGUUAUCACAUCCCAAGAAAGAGAGAUCACGAUCAAGAAACCCAAUGGCGAGACCACCAAGACGACCGUUAGAGUUUGGAAUGAGACUGUUUCCAACUUAACGCUGAUGGCUCUGGGCUCUUCUGCACCUGAGAUUCUCCUUUCCGUCAUCGAAGUGUGCGGCCAUGGCUUUACUGCAGGGGACCUUGGGCCGAGCACCAUUGUAGGAAGUGCUGCUUUUAACAUGUUUGUCAUCAUAGCCAUCUGUGUCUACGUUGUCCCUGAUGGGGAGGUCAGGAAGAUUAAGCACCUCCGUGUGUUUUUCGUCACGGCCGCUUGGAGCAUCUUUGCCUACACGUGGCUCUACCUGAUUUUGUCUGUCAUAUCGCCUGGGGUUGUCGAUGUCUGGGAAGGCUUGCUCACCUUGUUCUUCUUCCCCAUCUGCGUGGUGUUUGCAUGGGUUGCGGACAGAAGGCUUUUGUUCUACAAGUACGUCUACAAGAAGUACAGGGCUGGCAAGCAGAGGGGCAUGAUCAUCGAGCAUGAAGGUGAAGGGCCACAGUCCAAAGCAGACAUUGAAAUGGAUGGGAAGGUAGUGAAUUCUCAUGUCGAAAGCUUCUUGGACGGCACCCUGGUCCUAGAGGUUGACGAGAAGGACCACGACGACGAGGAAACAAGGAGGGAAAUGGCCAGGAUCCUCAAAGAGCUGAAGCAGAAGCACCCAGACAAAGAAGUUGAGCAGCUGAUAGAGCUAGCUAACUAUCAGGUUUUGAGCCAGCAGCAAAAGAGCCGAGCCUUUUACCGUAUCCAGGCCACUCGGCUCAUGACGGGGGCUGGCAACAUACUGAAGAGGCAUGCAGCUGACCAGGCAAGGAAAGCGGUCAGCAUGCACGAGGUCAACUGUGAAGUGGCAGACAACGACCCCAUCAGUAAGGUCUUUUUUGAGCAGGGCACCUACCAGUGCCUUGAGAACUGUGGCACGGUAGCCCUAACUAUUGCUCGCCGAGGUGGCGAUUUGACCAAGACCAUAUCAGUUGACUUCCGAACAGAAGAUGGCACAGCCAAUGCAGGCUCUGACUAUGAGUUCACUGAAGGGACUGUGGUGUUUAAGCCAGGCGAGAUGCAGAAGGAAAUACGGGUGGGCAUAAUUGACGACGAUAUAUUUGAGGAAGACGAGAACUUCCUCGUUCACCUCAGUAAUGUGAAAAUGUUAUCUGAGGAGGGAGAAGACGGCGUUCUGGAGGUCAACCACAUUGCAACCGUGGCUUGCCUGGGGUCGCCUGCUACUGCCACUGUCACGAUCUUUGACGAUGACCACGCUGGCAUUUUUACCUUUGAGGAGCCGGUCACUCACGUGAGUGAGAGCGUGGGAACGAUGGAAGUGAGAGUGCUACGGACAUCUGGAGCGCGAGGAAAUGUUAUUGUGCCCUACAAAACCCUCGAAGGCACGGCCAAAGGGGGCGGAGAGGACUUCGAAGACACUUGCGGAGAGCUUGAGUUCCAGAACGACGAGAUUGUCAAAGUGGUAUCAAUCAAAGUAAUUGAUGAUGAGGAGUAUGAGAAAAACAAGACGUUCUACGUUGAGAUUGGGGAGCCCCGUCUGGUGGAGAUGAGUGAAAAGAAAGCCCUGUUGUUGAAUGAGCUUGGUGGCUUCACAAUUACAGGGAAACGUUUGAACGGCCAACCUGUCUUCCGGAAGGUACAUCCUAGAGACCAUCCCUUUCCUUCUACUGUAAUCAACAUUCAAGAAGAGAACGAAGAGAAGCAACCACUGACGAGCAAAGAGGAGGAAGAGCGUCGCAUUGCAGAAAUGGGGCGCCCUAUCUUAGGGGAGCAUACGAAGCUGGAAGUGAUUAUUGAGGAGUCCUACGAGUUCAAGAACACUGUGGACAAGCUCAUUAAGAAGACAAACCUAGCUCUUGUGGUUGGAACAAACAGCUGGAGAGAACAGUUCAUUGAAGCUAUCACUGUCAGCGCCGGAGAGGACGACGACGACGACGAAUGUGGGGAAGAGAAGCUGCCCUCCUGCUUUGACUAUGUGAUGCACUUUCUGACCGUCUUCUGGAAGGUCCUUUUUGCCUUCGUCCCCCCUACGGACUACUGGAAUGGUUGGGCUUGUUUUGUUGUGUCCAUCUUAAUGAUCGGCCUUCUGACUGCGUUCAUCGGGGACUUGGCGUCCCAUUUUGGCUGCACCAUUGGGCUGAAGGAUUCUGUGACUGCAGUUGUGUUCGUUGCAUUGGGGACUUCAGUGCCAGACACGUUUGCCAGCAAGGUGGCAGCCACGCAGGAUCAAUACGCAGACGCUUCCAUAGGCAACGUCACCGGGAGCAACGCAGUGAAUGUUUUCCUGGGGAUUGGCGUCGCCUGGUCCAUCGCUGCCAUCUACCACGCAGCCAACGGCAGGCCAUUUGAAGUCCAACCAGGCACCCUGGCUUUCUCCGUCACCCUCUUCACUAUAUUUGCUUUUAUCAGUGUUGGCGUGCUCCUCUACCGGCGGAGACCGGAGAUUGGAGGUGAGCUGGGUGGGCCACGGACUGCCAAGAUUCUGACCUCAAGCCUCUUUGUGCUCCUCUGGCUCUUGUACAUAUUAUUCUCAUCUCUGGAAGCCUACUGCCACAUACAGGGCUUCUAAAAGAACUAUUGGAGAGAGCAUCUAUAUGUAUCUAUAUAUACAGAGAGAGA